AUGCCUCAGUUACAAGACAGUCACUGGACUGUCUGGCUCAUCUGUUGUUUCCUCUCAGUGGUACACAUUCAUGCGCAAAAUGACUUGACUGUACCCCAGGAAGUGACCCUGACAACUAACAUGCUCAUGCAGCAAAUAUCCUUAUCCUGGUUGGGAAGCAGCGUCACAACGUUUGAUGUCAUGAUCCUAAGGCCUGAACUAAAUGAAACGGUCUUCUAUGACACUCAUUUGACUGUGAACAAGACAAAUGGUCGGUACGAGUGGAAUUGGACAUCUGCAGAACCUUUGGAAUGUACCUCAUUGUCUGUCCAAAUCCGCUCCAGAGAGGGGACAGCAACGAGUGACUGGAGUAAUGCUCAGAUCCUUCAAGGAAAUGAUCUGCCCACUAAUGCCAAGUUCCAGUUUUACCCCCAGGAUAGAGUUGUGCUUGCAGGGAGCAGCACCACUUUCUGUUGCAUUGUUGAAGAAGGUCUGCGCUUCGGAUCGAUCCAUUACGGUGACGUAGCUCAGAACGCUACACGGCUCAGCCGGCGGAGUUAUAGCGUGACGGUGACUGACCAGCCUACAUCUAUCAUAUGGGGGACCAAUGUCCUCUGCCAGGACAUCGAGAAUAGUGGAAUGGCUGGAGCUGUGAUUUUUGUUGGAUAUCCACCUCUGCUCAGUGAUUUUAAAUGCGAGACUUACGAUUUGGUGUCAGCAGUGUGCCAGUGGAACAGGCGAGACACGCGAUUACAUGGAAAAAGGAGAACACGUUUCUCACUGAACAACAGGAAAUGUGCAGAGACCUCCCUGAUGGAGAUAAAGUCGUGUAAUUCUGAGCUCUGGGAAGGUAACUGGACGCUGGAAGCUGUGAAUCCUCUGGGACAGUACAGCGUAUUCGAUUCAGCAGACAUCCGACACAGGGUGCGCCCAGUGCCACCUUCAAACCUGAGUGCGGUGGUCAAUGCUUGGAAUGCCACUUUGCUGUGGACGUGGGAAUAUGGCAGUUAUGACUCCCUCGCACUUGCCUGCCAGGUCGACCUCAGCAAUCAGGGCAACGGAACAAAGCGCACCUUCACAGGCGCUGGACUAAGGUCAGUGCAGCUUUUGGAGCUCCAUCCUGAUGAGGAUUACAAUGUGAAAGUCCGCUGCGGUGCCCAGCAGAAUUUCUGGAAGUGGGGAAACUGGAGCGAGCCCCUUUCCAUCAAAACAAAUAUUGAUGUUCCAGAUCCACCUGAUGUUUGGAUGCAUAUCAACGAUGACAACACUGGUCAGAUCAUUUGGAAGCCCCUGACAGCUCGACAAAGCCACGGUCAGAUCACGUCUUAUGAGGUGACGGUCUGGAGCCCUGAGGAGAACCUGCAGCACACUGAAACUCUGACCCCCGAUUCUUUCACGCUGUCAGUCAACCUCACCCAAAUGUCGGCCUUCACCAGUGACAACCAGAUUAUGGCAACUGUUAUUGCCAAGAAUGCUGCUGGAGGCUCGUUGCCCACAAGUGUCAUUAUACCUGUACGUGUCGAAGACAAGACUCCCAUUGUUGAAACCAGAGUGAAUUACACAGACAGAGGUUUUCACCUGAUCUGGCAGGACGAAACCAACUCAAGCUGCGGUUAUGUCAUCGAAUGGCACGAUGCACUCUGCCAGCGAGACUGCUCUGUGGAGUGGGUCAAACUACCAAUUGGCAGCACAAAUGCCUCUAUUUCGUCAGCCAAUUUUCAGCCAGGUGUGAGGUACAACAUCUCCCUGUUCAGCUGCUCUUCAGAGCUGCUGCAUCGUUGGUACGGCUACACUCAGGAGCUGGCUCCCUCCAGAACCAUCCCCCAUUUGUCGAUCAGUCAGCAGGGCUCAGACAUUCUCUUGACAUGGGGAGUCAUGCCGGAGGUCAGCAGGAGAGGGUACAUCGUCGGCUACAACGUUUACCUCAGCAAUGACUCCCAACUUGUGCAAUUAGCCAACAUUUUGGGAGAAGACAGCAGGAAGUACACAGUUAAGGGUCUCUCUGAGGGCACCUAUAAAUUCACAGUCAAAGCUUACACCUCAGCAGGCGAGGACACAGGUGCCACCACUUCCAUCACAGUGCAGCUGCUUGCUGAUUGGCUCAUCCUGGAAAUACUUGCAUCUCUUGGAGCUACUGCAUUACUGCUGGCCAUUGUCACCUUCCUUUGCUAUAAGAAACGAAAAUGGGUAAAAACGGCCUUCUAUCCUGACAUACCUCAGCCCAAACUGAAUGAUGACUGGAGCAGGACACGGGGCCUGCUAGAUGUGAGUGCAUCGCCCCACAAUCCUGUGCAUGUUGUAGAAAAGCCCGAAAUGGAUUCCUUUAAAGAAGUGCUGGUCGUCAUUCCCGAAGAAGAUGAGGAGGAAGAGGAUCAGAUGAUUGGAGAUGAGCCGGCUGACACGGACGAGCCCUCGUCAUUACGCUACUACAACCGAAUGGUUGACGAGCGGCCCAUAAGGCCACGCUAUCCAGACUCCUCGGACUCUUCUGUUUCUUCGAUGGACUCUGGGCAAACCGACGUGACCUACACAGGAAUCCAAACUUCAGCAUCAUCUCUGGUCUUCCAGACAGAUCGACAGCUUUCUUCCGAAGUGGAAAUGGCUGCGAACGGAGGGGGUUACCGCCCACAGAGGCAAGCGAUGUCAUCAAGUGACGCCUCGCGCCCGAUGGAUCUACAGUCUUCCCCAGAGCCCCAAGCUGCCUGCUCUGGAGGCUAUAAACCCCAAACCUCUUGGCAUUCGGACUCACCUGGGGAGGCGGAGGAGCGGGACCGCCCGGCACCUUGUUUGGGCUCACCGACCUCCGUAGCUUCCACUCAGUUCCUCCUACCCGAUGGUGAAUCGGACGAACACGGCGAAGAGAAACGUCCGCUCUCCGCUUCCGCAGCGGGCUGGUUCUCCAACUUGCUUUCCUCUGCAAAACCGUGA